AUGAACUUUUUGCAGUUUAUAGAAACAGGGAUCAUGAUCUCUCCCACUGUAUAUGCAAGAAGAAGUAUAUGUCAUCUCUUCUGCGACCAGUCAGAUGCAGCACUCAGAGAUGCGAUGCAAGCUCAGUGCGUCUAUCCGAACUGGCCCACUGCGCUCUACCUUCAGGCAGUGGCUCUUGCAAAGCUGAAUAUGCUCGAAGACUCAGGUACCAUGUUAAAAGAAGCCAAGAUCAUGGAAGACAAGAGGAUCAUAAACUGA